AUGUCGCCCUCCAACGGCGGUGCCACCGCAUCAACCUCCCAGAGCCAGCUCAAUACCACCUUCUACAAUGAUUCGAGCGAUAACCUGUCCGUUGCCUCUCAAUUGUCCCCCAGUUUCCGCGCGCCCACAAACCGAAUCGCACCGCAGUCUUCGGGCAGCCAGGAUUCGCCUGAUGCCGCGUACUUCGGUGACGAACGACGGCCUUCGCUGGCUAGCAUAACGACUUUGAGCAGUCAGGGUUCCAAAACCAGCAUUCGAAGAGGUGGAUUGCAGAAGUUACAGGGUUUCUUUGGGGAGGAGUUUCCAGGUCGCGACGGUUCGGAAAGCAGUUUGCAUUCAAGUUCCGGAAAGGACCGCACGCGCUCUUACAGUCACAGCCGUCCGACAAGAGAUCGCAAUUACUCCAACGCCACCGACCACCCACGAGAUCGAGAAGCCUCCCCUUCCUCAUCGAGGCCCAGGACACCAGUGCCGGCUCCCGAGGUUGUGCCAUUUCUUUAUCAAGAAGCCGAUGAUAUUGCCAGGUACGGCGAGGCCCCAGUUAGAGACAUUUUGAGCGGCCCCGACCGCGAACGUUACAUGAACAACGAAAAUCCCAACAACCCGCAAAACCCACCAAAGACCUCCUCAUCAAGUCGCUCCGGUCAUUCAAUCGUGCAUCUGCCCGGCCACCAUCAUCGCCACAACAGAAGUAUCGAUGAUGGCAGGGCGCUUCGGCCAACUGUAAGCAGGGAAGAUUCUCAAGCGAGCUUGCAGGUGCAGAACUCCCGCGAACGGAACGGUUCGGCUGCCACCGUCAUGUACAACUCCAACCGAUCCCGUGCCCAAAGCCCGACACCGAGCGGCGGCUACUUCAGUUCCAGACACAACCCUUCCGUUGACGGCUCAACGUCGCCUAGUAGCCAGCAACAGCCACAUCCGAAGAGAAAUAUUUUACAGCGAUUGCGGAGGAAUAAGGACAAGGACGAUGCAACAUCUAGACUGCGCGAUUUGCCCGGGUCGACUAGGUCGUUGGCCGCGAAGCCAUCGCGACCCGAAUUUCCCCGGCCAGAACUGUCGCCGUCCACCUUCCCCCUCAAUUACGCCGGCACUGAGCCUGGCCCAGAUCAGGACCCUCGAUUGGCGGCCUAUAACCAGCGAAACCAGACUUUUAACAACAGAUUUCCCUUCUCCAAGAGCAAAGGUCGUCAACAACGGCCGACGGACAUGCAAGAUGAGCAGAUUGGCCCCACGGACAGGCAGGCAGGCGGUCUGGGGACCGUCUUCCAUUUGGAUACUAACCUGAGUGACAUGGAAGGCAUUCUUACGAAGCCCCCGCCUCUCACACCCAUGGAUCAUAACUUCAUUACUCACAUCAUCGAUCCCGACAAAGUCGAACCUCCUCCGGUACCCACGAAGCCCGACGCUUUGCCAGGGCCCAAUGGCUCCUGGAACGCCCCAGACAGCUGGGCUGUUCGUCGUAAUACUGAAGAUACCACCUAUCAAGCACCAGAUAUCGACGACAUUGGCAGUCCACCUCGCCCAGAGGAGAAGAUGACACCGUACUGCAUCCGUAUCUUCAGAUCCGACGGUACCUUUGCGACUUUGUCAAUGGCUCUAGACGCCAGCGUCACCGAUGUGAUCUCGCAACUUAUUAAGAAGACGUAUGCAACGGAUGGAUUGGAGAAUUAUCAUAUCAUCUUGAAGAAGCAUGAUUUGGUUCGUGUCCUGGGGGCUCCCGAACGACCACUUUUAAUGCAGAAGAGAUUACUACAGCAAAUCGGAUAUGAGGAGCGGGACAGAAUUGAGGAUGUUGGUCGUGAAGACAACAGCUACCUUUGCCGCUUCAUGUUCCUGUCAUCACGAGAAAGCGACUUCCAUUCCGUUACGAACGAUCUCGGUCUUGGACGCAUACAAAAGUUUAAUCAUGUCGAUUUGUCCGGUCGCAACCUCAUCACCAUCCCAAUCUCUCUCUACUCCAAGGCUUCGGAAAUCAUUUCACUGAACCUUUCUCGCAACCUGUCUCUUGAUCUUCCCCGCGAUUUUAUUCAGUCCUGCCAGAACUUGAGAGACAUCAAAUUCAACAAUAACGAAGCCCGGAGGUUACCCCCUAGUCUUGGAAAGGCCGCCAAGCUCACCUAUCUCGACGUUUCGAACAACCGACUCGAGCAGCUGGACCACGCAGAGCUGCACGGGCUGCAGGGAAUACUCAAGCUGAACAUGGCCAACAAUCGCCUCAAGGCACUCCCCCAGUACUUUGGCGCCUACAGGGCGCUGCGAAACCUCAACAUCUCAUCUAACUUCCUGGACAAGUUCCCGCUCUUUCUCUGCGACGUCGAGAGUAUGGUGGAGCUAGACCUUAGUUUCAACUCAAUCAGCAGCCUGCCCGACGAGAUUGGCAAGCUUCGAAAUUUGGAGAAAUUCGUCAUCACCAACAAUAGGCUGUAUAACUCUCUGCCAGACGCUUUCCGCCAACUAUCUGGUCUGCGAGAAUUGGAUAUCAAGUACAAUGCUAUCACCAGCAUCGACAUCAUUUCCGAACUGCCCAAACUUGAGAUACUUUCCGCAGAUCAUAACAGCAUAUCACAGUUCAUCGGUUCUUUUGAGAGAAUCAGAAGCCUGAAACUCAAUUCAAACCCCAUCACCAAGUUUGAAAUAAUCGAACCGGUACUGACAUUGAAGAUGCUCAAUCUCUCUCACUGCCAACUCGCAAGCAUCGAUGAAACUUUCAAUAUGAUGCUUAACUUGGAGCGGCUCGUGCUCGACAAGAAUUACUUCGUCUCCUUGCCUGCACAUAUUGGGAACCUCAGCAGACUCGAGCAUUUCAGCAUAGCCAACAACAACGUUGCGGAGUUGCCUACCUCUAUCGGAUGUCUUACCGAACUCCGCGUCUUGGAUGUACGAAGAAACAACAUUCGAAAGUUACCCAUGGAAUUGUGGUGGGCGAACAAGCUCGAGACCUUGAACGCGUCUUCCAACAUUUUGGAAAACUUCCCUAAGCCAGCCUCCAGACAACCCCGGCCAGCGGGUGAAGAGACUCAGACACCAGCGGCUGUUAGCAAGCCCAAUCCUAUGAACAGUCUCCCUCAGAUCCCUGUGGAUGAUUCUCCAGACUCCAGGAGACCUAGCCAGAACUCGUCCACCACCUUGCUGAGCGUUGGCCCAUCACCAGUACCAGGCAGUGCCGAUAGGAAGAGCUCGGUCGUAUCAGUGUACGGUAAAGGUGGUAGGAAGACUUCCGUGAUGUCCAGAUCAACCUCGGCAGGUAAUAUUGCGGCUACGACGCCGCCAGCCGUAAGGAAAGAUUCUAGUUUGUCGUCAAGACUCUACACGACUUUUGCAGGUUCUUUGCGGAACCUUUACUUGGCCGAAAACAAGCUCGAUGACGAGGUCUUUGACCAAAUCACCAUGCUCAACGAACUUCGUGUACUUAAUCUUUCGUGGAACUAUAUUAACGAUAUGCCACAAAGAUCGAUCAAAAGCUGGCCGCAGAUGGUGGAGCUGUACCUGUCUGGUAACGAGCUGACGACGUUACCGGCUGAUGACCUCGAGGAUGCCAGUCUUCUGCAGGUGUUGCACAUCAACGGGAACAAGUUUACGAACCUGCCGGCCGAUAUAUCCAGGGCCAAGAAGCUUGCGGUAUUGGACUGCGGCAGCAACUCCCUCAAGUAUAACAUUUCCAACGUUCCGUACGACUGGAACUGGAACUUGAACCCCAACCUGAGAUACCUCAACCUGUCAGGCAACAAACGUCUAGAGAUCAAGCAAACCGUUGUAGGCCCUACCGCGGCUAACCGAGAGCAGCUCGCCGACUUUAGCAGACUUCUGAACCUCAGGGUUCUGGGUCUCAUGGAUGUCACUCUCACACAGCCUACCAUUCCCGACCAGAGUGAGGAUCGCCGUGUGCGAACGUCCGGUUCGCUUGCCGGUCACCUACCAUACGGCAUGGCCGACACCCUGGGCAGGAACGAGCACCUCUCAACCAUUGAUCUCGUGGUUCCUCGUUUCAACUCUUCGGAGACCGAGACAUUGUUGGGCUUGUUUGACGGUCAGGCGCUCUCAAGUGGAGGGUCUAAAAUUGCCAAGUACUUGCAUGAGAACUUUGGUCACAUUUUUAGCAUGGAGCUGAAGGGCCUCAAGACGCGUCUUAACGAAACACCCGUCGAUGCUCUCAGACGAGCCUUCUUGUCACUGAACAAGGACCUGGUCACCAUUGCAAUACAGCACACCGAGGAGCGUUCUCAAAAGACGCAUAGGGGCUCUGCGCAACCCGUUGUACUCAGCAAAGAAGAUCUCAACUCUGGCGGUGUUGCCACUGUUGUGUACCUGCAGAACACUGAGCUUUAUGUCGCCAAUGUUGGUGACGCACAGGCCAUGCUUAUCCAAACGGACGGCUCCCACAAGAUUCUCACCAAGAAACAUGAUCCUGCGGAGCCGACUGAGCGCCAACGCAUCCGUGAAGCCGGUGGGUGGGUGUCCCGUAACGGUAGACUCAAUGACCUUCUGGAGGUAUCUCGAGCUUUCGGCUACGUGGACCUCAUGCCGGCAGUCCAGGCCGCACCGUACGUCAGCAACAUUACCAUCCGAGAGCAAGACGACAUCAUCUUGAUCGCCACCCGGGAAUUUUGGGAGUACUUGGAUCCCGCUUUGGUCGUCGACUUCGCUAGGCAGGAGCGAGGGGAUCUGAUGCGGGCAUCGCAGAAGCUUCGUGAUCUGGCCAUUGCCUACGGCGCCACGAACAAGAUCAUGGUAAUGAUGAUGAGUGUUGCAGAUCUCAAGAGAAGAGUGGAACGAUCGAGACUUCAUCGUGGACAGAGCAUGUCGUUGUACCCGUCGGGUGUUCCCAACGAUCUUCAACAGCUUCCGCGCAGAGGCAAGAGAAACAAGGGUGACGUGCUUGACUCAACCCUACAACGACUUGAAGCUGAGAUCCCAGCACCAACUGGCAACGUGUCUAUUGCAUUCACCGAUAUCAAGAACUCAACCACGCUGUGGGAGAUGUAUCCAGCCGCAAUGAGAUCCGCCAUCAAACUGCAUAACGAGGUCAUGCGUAGACAACUACGGAGAAUCGGCGGAUAUGAGGUCAAGACUGAAGGAGAUGCAUUUAUGGUGUCGUUCCCUACGGCCACUUCAGCACUUCUUUGGUGUUUCGCCGUUCAAAUGUCGCUAUUGGACGUCAACUGGCCUUCCGAAGUCCUCAACUCUGUUUCUUGUCAACCGUUAUAUGACAAGGACAACGCCUUGAUCUUCAAGGGUCUUUCCGUUCGCAUGGGCAUCCACUAUGGCGAAGCCGUCAGCGAGAUGGACCCGGUCACUAGGCGUAUGGACUACUUCGGACCCAUGGUUAACAAGGCAUCCCGUAUAUCCUCGGUAGCAGACGGUGGCCAGAUCACCGUCUCUUCUGACUUCAUCUCGGAGAUACAGCGUUGUCUGGAGAACUACCAGGAUACGGAUAGGAACAAUUCAGCUGGCUCGGAGGACACGUUCGAUGAUGACCAGGGCUUUGCCGCAACAAUCCGCAAGGAUUUGCGGUCUCUGAGCUCUCAGGGUUUCGAGGUUAAGGAGAUGGGCGAGAAGAAGUUGAAGGGUCUUGAAAAUCCCGAAGUGGUAUACUCGCUCUACCCACACGCACUUGCGGGCCGUAUCGAGCAUCACCAGCAACACGAGACACGCACUGAGGUUGACAAGCCCGCAAUCUUGCAAGCAGGCAGUGAGCUGGCAUUCGACACGGAGUCGAUCUGGGCUCUUUGGCGCGUCAGCUUAAGAUUAGAGAUGUUGUGCAGCUCUCUGGAAAAUGUGUCCGGGCGUGGCUUACAACCACCAGAGACGGAGUUGUUGGAAAGGAUGAAGCACCGUGGUGGUGAAGUGACGGAGAGAUUCUUGCUCAACUUUAUGGAACAUCAAGUGAGCAGGAUAGAGACUUGCGUCACGUCGUUGUCGCUUCGUCAUAUAAUGAUGGGCAAUGCCCCCCUCGAACAGUUGGAGGACUUGCGGUCUCCUAUGAAUGAUAUUCUCGACCAAGUCGCCAAACAGAUGGCUGAGCUAGCAAGAUACAAGGCCUUGUACGGUGAACUGAGCGACACAGACCACGGAAGUGACACGGAACAGGAGUAG